AUGAGAUCAGUUGUUCGGUCACUUCGCCAGCUCCGCCGUUUCACCCAGCACCAUGCAGAGAGGCACUCACAAGCAACCAGAUUGUUCAGGCAGCAGAGUGCUUUAAUCAUGUGCGGUUCAACAUCCAGUUCACUGAGCAUGUUACGUCGUAAUGGUGAAAUUAGCAGAUUUACAAGCCCUGGCAUGGAGUUGAUGAGGUCCAUGUUCUCUACUGUAGUAGCUAAUUCGAUCAAAGAUAUUGGAAGAGGUGGUCCGAUGGUGGAAUAUGAGAGGAGAAUAGCAUCAGGAGAGCUAGUGGAUGGCGAUAGCUUUCAGGUUGAUACAAUUCAACAAUUACAAAGGCUCUAUGAGGAGUUGAUUGAGAAUGAAGAAGACUGCCAGCUGGAUAGAUAUAAAUCAUCUGAGAAAUCAGGACGGAGUCGAUGGCUAUGGUCCCGUCUCAUUACUCAGCCUUCUACCUAUGCUCGAGUUAAGGGCCUUUACCUCUAUGGCGGUGUUGGUACAGGGAAGACGAUGCUUAUGGACUUGUUCUAUGAACAGCUGCCAUGUAAUUGGAGAAAAAAACGUAUUCACUUUCACGAUUUCAUGUUGAAUGUACAUAGUCGUCUUCAGAUGCAUAAAGGUGUUUCAGAUCCUCUUGAUGUUGUAGCAGCUGAGAUUUCAGAUGAGGCCAUCAUAUUAUGUCUUGAUGAGUUUAUGGUAACUGAUGUUGCUGAUGCUAUGAUUCUGAACCGGCUGUUCAGACAAUUGUUCAGCAAAGGCGUUAUUCUUGUUUCGACUUCUAACCGUGAUCCAGAUAAGCUUUAUGAAGGUGGCUUACAACGGGACCUUUUCUUGCCAUUUAUUGACACCUUGAAAGAAAGGUGCAUCGUGCACCCCAUUGGAUCUGCAGUGGACUAUCGUCAACUGGGUUCUGCUGAACAAGGUUUCUAUUUUGUUGGAAAACAUUACAGUACGCUUCUGAAACAGAAGCUCCAGUCUUUAAUUGGAGAUGAGGAACCCAGCCCACAAACUGUUGAAGUAAUUAUGGGAAGGAAACUACAGGUUUCCCUGGGAGCAAAUGGUUGUGCAUAUUUUCCUUUUGAAGAUCUUUGUGAUAGACCUUUAGGUGCAGCAGAUUACUUUGGACUCUUUAAAAAAUUUCACACCCUGGCACUUGACGGUGUUCCAAAGUUUGGGUCUAGUAACAGAACAGCAGCUUAUCGGUUCGUCACACUGAUUGAUGUUAUGUACGAGAACAAAGCAAGGCUGUUAUGUACAGCCGAGGCUGGACCAGUAGGACUGUUUGAGAAUAUCGUGACUGUUGCUGAAGCACAGAAGGUUUCACCAAGAUAUUCGCGCUCACAGAAAAGCGACGACCCUGACCUAUGUGUGGACAAUGAGCUUGGAUUUGCCAAGGAUCGAACGAUUAGCAGGUUGACAGAGAUCAACAGCAGAGAAUAUUUGGAGGACUUCGAAAUGAGAUUGAGGCAACAGCAGCAGCUGCCCUUGCAAGGUCUAGAUAACAGUGGUGGUGAUGUUGUACUAGCAUAA